AUGGAUGCAGGAGAUCCCAGCAGGGGCACGCCAAGCUUGCAGGACAUCUUCAGCCUGCGCAGACCUAAGGACUUCAAGGCGGGCUUGUCGAGCGGGGCCAAGUCUUUUGGAAAGGGCCUCGUGGGAGGAAUUGUUGGCCUCAUAGCGGCGCCCGUGGUAGGGGCCACGCAGGAUGGGUUCGUCGGGUUUGCAAAAGGUGUCGCCACCG